CAGAAAGGGGGUGUGGGACGCGCGCCGCAGGACGCAUGCUCGCUCCUCUCUUCAUCCGGGUACCUGCGAUUGACUGUGUGGGUACGGAGGCGGGAAAUGGCGUCCAGAGGUGCGGGGAGGACAGAGGUGAAUCUCGUCUGAAGAGGCACGCGAACAACAGCGAGUGUCAGCAGCCCUGAAAACGACCGUUAUCCUGUUACUCGAUCCCCGGAGAUUCGCCCAUCUUACAUGUGACUCUUAACAAAAUGAGGCUGAGAAUGCGCAAGUCUUCUCAGCAGCCGAACGUCGCCUGCAGGCCCUGCACGGCCCGGAACAAGCGGAAGCACUCUGAGAUGGAGGAGUGCUCAGGUGAAAGCAAGGGCCUUCUGUCCAGCAUCCAGAAGUUCAUCCAUGGAAGUUCCAUAAAGGUGGAGCAGGACAACCCAGCAAAGAGGAAUCAUCUGAGCUGUGAGCUGAUCACCUCCACCCCGCAGAGGAAAAAUGACCUGCAGAGGAAAAGCAUCUACAGGGCCCGCAGAAAAAGCUUUGUCAAUGGAGAAACAACGAACCAUGACACGAGUAAGCCUGUCAAGCCGAAUGGGAAAUUAGACGACUCUGAGGAGGUUGUGAGCAGUCCACCUCGCACCACCCUGCUUGGAACCAUCUUUUCUCCUGUCUUCAAUUUCUUCUCACCAGCAAAUAAAAAUGCCUCAGAUUCCCCAGGCCAGGUGGUGGAGGCAGAAGAGAUCGUGAAGCAGCUAGAAAUGGAGCAAGUAGAAGAGAUGCCCAGCAGUACUGCCACAUCUAAAGAGCCCCUAAGUGUCUCUCUCUAUACCAGUGCCAUGCCCUCUGCCUUCAGACCUCCACCCUCCACUCACACACCUGCAGAGGAGAGUGAAAACACCCCCCACUCUGACCUGCCUCCUCUUACAGCUCCUGGCUCUCCUGCAACAGGGGGUUAUGUGGACGCCUCUCUCACUGUCCCAGCUGAAGGUUCAUAUGAAGAGGAGUGGGAAGUGUUUGACCCGUAUUUUUUCAUCAAACAUGUACCUCCACUAACAGAAGAGCAGCUAACUCGCAAACCUGCGCUUCCUCUGAAGACUCGCAGCACUCCCGAGUUCUCCCUGGUGCUUGACCUGGAUGAAACCCUUGUCCAUUGUAGCUUGAAUGAGCUGGAUGAUGCAGCACUAACCUUUCCUGUACUCUUCCAAGAUGUCAUAUACCAGGUUUAUGUCAGAUUGAGGCCAUUUUUCAGAGAGUUCCUUGAACGCAUGUCACAGAUUUAUGAGAUCAUUCUCUUCACUGCCUCUAAGAAAGUUUAUGCAGACAAGUUGCUGAACAUUCUCGAUCCGAGGAAACAGCUGGUGCGGCACCGAUUAUUUCGUGAGCACUGUGUAUGUGUGCAAGGAAACUACAUUAAGGAUCUGAAUAUCCUUGGGCGGGACCUGUCCAAGACUAUAAUUAUUGAUAACUCACCACAAGCCUUUGCUUAUCAGCUCUCCAAUGGGAUCCCAAUUGAGAGCUGGUUUAUGGACAAGAAUGACAAUGAACUUCUGAAGCUGGUACCUUUCUUGGAGAAACUGGUGGAAUUGAAUGAGGAUGUGCGUCCACAUGUUCGUGAACAGUUUCGGCUUCAUGACCUCCUUCCCCCUGACUGAGCACACAUAGCGGGACAGGACAGUAACAAAGACAACAAAUGCAGAUAUGCAUUUUGUAUUACAACGUCAUUGUCAUUUAAUCUUGAAUUUUUUGUUUUGUUUUUUUAUUCCCCCAAAUUUACAUUUCUAUGAUAACAUCAAAACAAAAAUGACUCCCUUUUUGGCGCUUUUUUUGCCAUUUGUGCAGCCAGAGGGGUUUGGAGCUUCAUGUGUGGUUUCAUUCAGUACAAAGUGAAUGUGUAGCAGUCAGAGGAGAAAAAGAUCAUGUUGUCUUUUGAUGCUCCAAUGGGAUUGGUUGUCACUGUUGGGCUUUUGACCAAUUUCAUAAGGAAUGGCCAGUAAGAAAAUCAUACUGUCUGACAGAAGUUUGUGAGUGAAUGUUUUUUCAUUUUUCAUCAAUGUUUUCAUUAUGCAUUCCUCCCCGUCUGUACACUUUGCUUGGUGUUUACUACAAAUCAAUGUUCUCUCAACUCCUGGCCCAUUUUGUUUGCCAAACAAAGAGCAUGUUCAGGGAAGAUUAUUGUUCUGUUCAUGAAUUGUGUGCUGAUCACAGCACAGUGGAUUCACUCUUUAUUUUAAUAUGGUGUGAUUGAGAAUGGUUUUAACCAGAGUGAUGUCUGUUUUAUAGUGAAAUAUUUUUUUUAAUUGUUUAAAUAAGAAAUUUCCUACCAACGCAUCAGAACUCUGCAACUUCCAGCUGCUGUCUCUUCACAUAUAUAUUUAUUCACCUUUUAAGAGCCAGCAACAUAUUAGUUGUUUAUUAGUAGCACCUUUUUUUUAUUACAUAUUUUUAAAGUACGGUUCUGCUCCUUAUGGUUUCAUAUUUACAUUUUUUUUCUCUUUAAACUGGUGUCCUUUUAAAGAGAUGUCAGCUUUGUUUUAGUAUAAAUUACAUGGAAGAUUUUGGAGUUAAUGUAGCAUUUGCCCAGUGCUAAUCUAUUCGAACUGAACUGUAAAGAAGAUGAUUGAGGGCUGAAGCCUGGUAAAGCCCUGUUUAUAGCACCAGCACAACAACAGUCUCAUCGCUGUGGUUUAAACCUGACUGCCUGACGUUCUGGUUUUUCUUUUAUUUUAGGGGAGUGGGGAGGUGUAGCCAUGACAAGUUAUUGUGUGACACGAGUGUGUAUGAAAGUAUGGGAGUAAGGUAUGGUAGUAAUCAUACCUUAUAAUCAUCAAAAAAAAAAAAUCCAUUCUUAAAUUGCCUUUUCAAUUUUACAGUUAUGCGAUACUUCAAAUUAAGUAAUACGGAGUAAGAGUUGAAACUACAGAAGUGCCAUUCAGGGUGAGUGAAGCAGGGCUAGGCUAGUUGUAUUCCCUUCUCUUUGUGCCCUCUGUCCUGUUUGUAAAUGAACAUGUUCACUUUCUAUUCAUGUCACUGGUGCCAUUUAUGUUGUUUGUGUUUACAUCAUUUGUCUAUAUUGGAUUGUGGCCCUGUCAUAGUAUUUUUUUUUUUUUUUUUACUGUGUACUUCUAAAUAUCCUGUGGUACUUCCCAAUAGAAAGAGAAUAGGAAGGGCAAAAAGGAGAUUGUGAUCCCAAGGAUCCUGCUCUGUUUGACAGAGUUCACAAGCACAGUAUUUCUCUCAUAGAAUAGACUGAUUUAACAACGGUUACAUAUACAUUUUGAGCAUAGUGUUAAAUAGUAAGUAGCAUUUUAUUAGUGCCAAUUAUUCCUUCUCCCUACGUUGAUGCAAAGCAGUCGAAUGAUGCUAAACUGAAUGGCAUCCUUUGUCCAGAAUGAUAGCUUCAGAUGUUGGGAGAUGGGUUGAAUCUACAUUAGGCCCUGGCACUUUCUUACAAAGACAAAUAUUUUGUAUGAUUGUCAAAGAGCAUUUGUGUAUUAAGUGUAAAACAGGAUGCAGAGGUUUGUUUCAUAUGUACAACCAGUUCAUUGUUAUGUGCGUUACUUUUGUACAAAGCAUAUUGUACUAAAAACAUGCAGCUUCGUCAAAAAAAAAGUUACAUGAAAAUCUUUUUGUAUUUUUGAUUAUUUGUAUUCCAAAAGGCAUGUCAUAUCUAUUUUUCAAAAUGUAUUCAUUUUCAAAUGUAUUAAUGCAUACCUAACUUGUCGUCAUUUUUUUCUUCUUUCAUCUUGCUGUAUCUGUGUAUGUAGUUGGUACAAUCAAUGAACAUUCUCCGCAUGUAAACAGUCUGUUAUGUGAGAGCUGGGAUUUUUAAUGAGGGCACUUUUUGCAGAUGAAUGUUUCGGGUUUGCUUUCUUUUAUACUCCAUCUUUGAAAGCCAUUUGGCUUGCGAAUGUCCUUGAGCGCCAUUGGGGAAACACUCUAGGUCUAAAUGUAACUUCCUGAAACAUGUUAUUUAAGAUUGUUCAUACGAUGGAAAUUAAGUCUUUGGAAAAUUGCAUGCUCUUUUAUUUUAAUGUUAGCUUAUGUCAAAAUAUGUUAGAUACUUGAGAAUGGAUGGUUGUAUUUUAUGUCCUUUUCUGCUACUUCAUUUUACCAUCAAAUGGUGUGUAAUAUCAAGGAGACUUUAUGAAAAUGA